GGCUGAAUUCACAUAGGUCACACGGUGCUGCUCAGAUUAGCACCUCUGCUAACACAUCAAAAUGCUCUCUCGCUUGUUGUAUACGAUCAUCAACAACCUCCGCGUCGUUGAGAAGUUGGCGGAGUCUCGUCCAAUUCGUAGGGCAGCCCAGAUCACAGCCUACGCCAUCACCAAGGCUCAAAUAACCGGCAGGGACGCCUCACAGCGGGUCAUGCGGUCACAGACACUGAGGCAGGUCCGGCAGGAAGCGGGCAAAGUCCCUUCAGACAUGGGGGAAGUGAGCAGCCGCCUCAGAAAAGUUGGACAGACUUUUGUGAAUGAAGUGAAGGAGGGGUGGAAGGAUGGAUCCAGACAGAUAAAGAAAUAAAAUGCUUUCUGAUUGUACAGAUGUAAACUGACUGGGAACUAUAGAAGAAACGAUGUUAAAUGACCACCAAUGAUCGGUGGUUGAUUUAACGCAGACACUUAUAAAUAUGACGAAUUAUUAUAGUGAAUGUGUUGUAUGGGCAUGUGUGCAUUUCGUCUAUUAUAGUGGUAGGGGGAGUAUAAUUACUCUGCUGUCAAAACCGACAUUUCCUGAAGGUGUUUUUCUUUUUAUUCUAAACAGUCCUGACAAAAAAUGGUUUUCCAAUUUCCCUCCAGUUACAAGAACUUAGUGACAUGCCACCAGUCUUGCUGAAAAUGCCAUAAUUUCACUCUGUAUUUAUUCUGUAUAAAUAAAGAUUGCACAUUUUACCACAUUUAA